CCUUGUCUACUGGGGAAUUUUUGGUCGGUGGGGAUGUUGUUCCGCCGCCGGAUGUAACGGGGACGCUAAGCCCCUAAAGGUCAACCUGGGCGCAACCAUUCCGGCUAGGGGGGACGACGACCCCGGACUCUUUGCAAUUCACUCACGUGUGGUGGGUUUCUGAAAGACAAAACACAGAACCAACGGACACAAUGGACUGGUGGUUGGAGGCGGGGGUUCGAGUGGUUUCAAAUCUCCCCAAAUCAUCCUCGUUUUGGCCGCCGGUAUUAAUUGCGAUUCCAAUCUCCUUUUUGCAAGUGUGACAACCAGUGAAGCUUCACCGCAACUCUGAGUGCCGGCAGCACCCAUCGUGUGUACCUAGGCCGGACUUGCAAUGGACGGCUCUGUCUCUCUAAGCUCCAGCGUCGUCAAUUACCGCCGUGAAAAUGGCCGUAGGUACCACCGUCUCAGCGACGGGGUCUACGUCGUACCCAACGACGUAAUCGAACAAGAACGCCUGGACACUGCACAUAUCCUUUGGUUGGUUGUAUGGGAAGGCAGACUCUGUCUCUGUCCAAAGAUCGAGGGCGCUCGGCGGGUCCUUGACAUUGGCACCGGCACGGGCGUCUGGGCCAUAGAGUACGCCGAGACCUACAUCGACUCAUUCGUACUGGGCGUCGAUCUCAGCGCGAUCCAACCGGACUAUGUCCCCGAAAACUGCAUGUUCGAAGUCGACGACCUGGAGAAAGACUGGCUCUUUACGGAGCUGUACGACUUCAUUUUUGCGCGCAACAUGGCGGGAAGCUUCCUGGACUGGCGCCGCGUCGCCGAGCAGGCCUUUGACCAGCUCGAGGACGGCGGCUACUUUGAGAUCCACGACAACCUGUACCCACUGCAGUGCGACGACGGGACGCUGCGGGAGGACUCGGCGCUGUUUCAGUGGUCACAAUACCUCGUCGAGGCGGCGAAGAAGACGGGCCGCUCCAUCACCAUCGCCUCGGAGCUGCCCGAGAUUCUCGAGGCCGCGGGCUUCGUGGACGUGGUGGUGACGAGGCAGAUUAUGCCAGUGAACGAGUGGCCGGCGGACGAGCGGCUCCGCGAAGUGGGGAAAUGGACGUUGCUUUCGCUGUUGCCGGGCAUCGAAGGGCUCUGCAUGGCGCUCUUCACGCGCGUGCUCGGGUGGUCGGCUCUGCAGGUGACGGCGUUUUGCACGCAAGUGAGGAAGGAUGCGAAGAAUAGGGAUAUUCAUGCGUAUUGGUAUGGGUAUUCCAUUUAUGGACGGAAGCCGCCUGCAGAAACGCGGACGCAGACGCGGACGGCGUGGUCGUAUGAUCUCGAUGGCGUCUUCUUCUGAGAAAUGACUGUUGUCUUUUUGUUUUUGUUUCUUUGGGG